AUGGACGUCCGCCUCCUGGCUCGCAGCCUCCGCGCCAGGCCGACGCCAUUCCUCCAACAGCGAGCCCAAUUAUUCCCUCAAACAACCCUUACAUCCCUCCAAUUCAACUCCUCCUCUUCCUCCGAAGCCCCAACGACCACCAAAACCACCCCCUCAGCUACACCCUCCACACAGUCCACCGAAACGGCAACAACAACCCGGGACAAGAAACCCUCGGACUUCGACGACAUCCUGGACAGACUGGACCUUAACCCAAAUAACUCGGCCCAACGCGGCCGUCGCAUCUUCACCGAUAGCCUCUCCCGCGCAGUAGGCCAAGGCGCCAUGGGCCGGGGGCGACGCGGCGGCCCACCACCCCAACGCAAAGUCGACCUGAAGCUCGGCCCAUCGCUUGGCCGACAGGCAUUCGUCGAGCCUGAGCGUGGCCAGGACCUUGCUACUGCGCUGCGCAAGCUCAACACUACCAUUGGCCAGAAUAAGCUGCGUCAGACGGCUAAUGCGCAGCGCUUCCAUACGCGGAAGGGUAUGGUUGCGAAGCAGAAGAAGAUGAUGCGCUGGAAGAAGCUGUUUAAGGUUUCUUUCCAGAGUACUGUGCAGAAAAUCCAGCGCAUGCAGACUCAGGGUUGGUGA